AGAGCAGUAAAUAACGUAGAUCCUCAAUCCCAGGCCACUCCUGCCCGCUGGAGACCUCCGGGGGAACUCAAAACUCAGAGUGAUUUAUCCUCUGUCGGACUCCCCCACUGUGAAGAUGUCCCAGUCAUCCCCAGCUGAUGAAGGCCCCACGUUCGAGCACCUCUGGAGCACGCUGGAACCAGACAGCACCUACUUCGACCUCCCUCCAGCCAACCCCAGCGGCAGCAGUGAGGUCUCCGACCGCCCCGAGGUCACGAUGGACGUGUUCCAGAUGAGAGGCAUGACUGACUCGGUGAUGUCCCAGUUCAAUUUGCUGAACAACAGCAUGGAUCAGAGCAUCGGCAGCAGAGCAGCCUCCACCAGCCCCUACAGCUCCGAGCACACCUCCAAUGUCCCAACGCACUCGCCCUACUCGCAGCCCAGCUCUACCUUCGACGCCAUGUCCCCGGCCCCCGUCAUCCCCUCCAACACCGACUACCCUGGUCCCCACCACUUCGAGGUGACCUUCCAGCAGUCCAGCACCGCCAAGUCAGCCACCUGGACAUACUCCCCGCUGCUGAAGAAGCUCUACUGUCAGAUUGCCAAGACAUGCCCCAUCCAGAUCAAGGUGUCCACCUCGCCGCCCCCGGGCACCAUCAUCCGGGCCAUGCCCGUCUACAAGAAGGCAGAGCACGUCACCGAGGUGGUGAAACGCUGCCCCAACCAUGAGCUCGGCCGCGACUUCAAUGACGGCCAGUCAGCCCCUGCCAGCCACCUCAUCCGGGUGGAAGGCAACAACCUGUCCCAGUACGUGGAUGACCCGGUGACGGGGCGGCAAAGCGUGAUGGUGCCCUACGAGCCUCCGCAGGUGGGGACCGAGUUCACCACCAUCCUGUACAACUUCAUGUGCAACAGCAGCUGCGUGGGAGGGAUGAACAGGAGGCCCAUCCUCAUCAUCAUCACCCUGGAGACGAGAGACGGCCAGGUCCUGGGCAGGAGAUCCUUCGAGGGCCGGAUCUGUGCCUGUCCCGGCAGGGACCGCAAAGCCGACGAGGAUCAUUUCCGAGAGCAGCAAGCCCUGAACGAGAGCUCGGCCAAGAACGGCAACGCCAACAAGCGCACCUUCAAGCAGAGCCCACAGGGCAUCCCAGCGCUGGGCACUGGCAUUAAGAAACGGAGGCACGGGGAGGAGGAGAUGUACUACGUGCCUGUGCAAGGCCGGGAGAACUUUGAGAUCCUGAUGAAGAUAAAGGAGAGCCUGGAGCUGGUGGAGCUGGUCCCGCAGCAGCUGGUGGAUUCCUACCGGCAGCAGCAGCAGCAGCUCCUGCAGAGGCAGAGCCAGCUGCAGACAGCUUCCUCCUACGGCCCUGUCCUUUCCCCCAUUAAUAAAGUCCAUGGAGGAGGAAUCAACAAGCUGCCCUCUGUGAACCAGCUGGUGGGGCAGCCUGCCCAACACGGCUCCAGUUCUGCACCCAGCCUGGGCCCCAUGGGACCUGGAAUGCUGAACAGUCACCCCAUGCAGACCAACGGAGAAAUGAAUGGGGGCCACUCAUCCCAGUCCAUGGUGUCCGGGUCACACUGCACCCCCCCGCCACCCUACAACGCCGACCCCAGCCUCGUCAGUUUUUUAACAGGAUUGGGGUGUCCAAACUGCAUCGACUAUUUCACCUCACAAGGGUUACAGAAUAUUUACCACCUGCAGAACCUAUCCAUAGAGGAUCUCGCAGCACUGAAGAUCCCGGAGCAGUACCGGAUGCUCAUCUGGCGGGGUCUGCAGGAGCUCAAGCAGAGCCACGACUACGGGGCCCAGCAGCUGAUCCGCUCCAGCAGCAACGCCUCCACCAUCUCCAUCGGCAGCUCGGGCGAGCUGCAGCGGCAGCGGGUGAUGGAGGCCGUGCACUUCCGCGUGCGCCACACCAUCACCAUCCCCAACCGCGGCGCGGCCGACGACUGGGCCGACUUCGGCUUCGACCUCCCGGACUGCAAAUCCCGCAAACAGUCCAUAAAGGAGGAGUUCACGGAGGGGGAGAUCAACUGAGGGGCUCCAGAGGCGGCAGCGAGACACCGGCGGGGUGACAAACCCCCCCCUCGAAAUGUAUUUGCAGCCUUGGGCGCCUGGAGAGGUUUAAUUUU